AUGUCGCAUUCACAAAAGACGCUCCUCCUCGUCGUCGCAUUGUUCUCGCUGCUGCUUCUUGCACCGUGCGAGGAAAUCAAGCACAGGGUCCGAAGGAAAGUCCUCUUCAGCAAAAACUCCAAACUAUUCUUUCGCUUCAAUGUUAAAGUAACUAUUCUGCCAUGGGGCAUCUUGUUAGCCCACGCUUACGCCGUGAGGGUCAACUACGAGCUUCCAGAUACCAUCCAGAAAUUCUACAGAUUCUGGAAACGAAACGUCCACGAGGAAAUCGAAACAGAAAAUAACAUCCAGCCUGGAUACGUUCACGGAUACUCGUGUAUUUUCAGCAUGCUCUGCGGUUUCGUUGAUAGCGUUCAGAGUUCACGUAGCUGCGGGAUGUUCUGCGAAAUGGGCAAAAUUAUUGCGUCAUCUUCCGGUUUAGACGCUGAAUUCUUUAAAUCGAUCGUUUCCAAAUGCGAAUAUUAUCAGACCAAAUGCAGGAUGACCAAUACACCAAUAAUUGGAAUGUAA